GUUGAGUAGUGUGAUGGCGCUGAUUGCCAUGACAGCUGUUUUUUUUCGGAAAAGUUGUCAUGGCGCAUCAAAAUAUUUUGAUUUUGCAAGUCAAAACCCAGUGAAAAGUAUUAAGCAUUUUCACUUAUUAAUUUAAAAUGCCACGCUAUAAAACUGUUAGUAGUCUGUACAAUAGAGCUUUUGCUGUGGUUCAAUGCACUUUGUGGAAAUGUGCAGACACUCUUGACAUAGAUAGUGCCGUGCGAAAUCGAUCACAAUUGGUAGCCCAAGUCAAUUCAUACAUCACAGAAAAUUUAUCCGCCAGGAUCCUUGAGGAGUUGAUGGAACGUCAAGAUGGCACAUCACGUAUGUACUUUAUGUUCCUUCUACGUCCCGAUUGCCGCAAGUUUAAGGUCAAGAACAUCAUGUUGCCUCUGUCGUACUGGGAAUCAAUAUUCACAAUGUACUUCCAAAAUCUGGUGUUUCUCAAUCUUUCACUCUCCUGCACAGACUACAUUCUCCGAUUUGUGCCAAGGUGCUGCCCAAAUCUCGAAGUACUGAAUGCCACUUGUCGUUAUGAAAGGAUGCGUAUUGGCCUCAAUGCAGCAGCCUUUUCCCUUUCAGUCACAGAUGCUGGACUUGAACAUCUCUGUGAAUGCCAGAAACUGCGAAUUCUGGUGGUCAAUGAGCCUCGGAGUCAAUCCCGUGGCAUUCAGACCAGUAUAACAUACAAUGGACUGAGAAAACUCCUCCAGAGCGUAAAGACUCUAGAGAACAUUACAUAUUCCGAUCUUGGAAGUGUCAUUGGGAAGGGUAUGGAGACUGUGGAUAGUUUAAAUCUCCGGCUCGUUAAACACUUCAAUGCCACUGGAGAGACGAUGGGAGAGAUUCUGCGCCUCUGUACGGGGUUGGAAAAUCUCUCACUGACUUUCUUUAAUAACGAAUACCACGACGAUGUCCUGCAGCAGAUCGUCCUCUUCCGUCCGAAACUCACUGGGUUACAGAUUAUCAAUUUCAACUGCAAUCGCUUCGCGAAUACACUUUUUACGGCUGUUGGAGCACAUCUCCAGUUCCUACAUAUCGCUGAGCAUCACGAACCCCUGAAAUUCCACCAUUUACUCACAAUUGGGCAGCAGUGUCCGGCGUUGAAGCACUUGACCAUUCUCAAUUACAGCGAUGACCUUCAACAAAUUGGGCCACCACCCAACUUUAACCAAUUCAAUCACAUGGAAUUAUUCGAACUAGGGUGUACCUCCAUCAACUUUCCCUAUGUAAUGCUAUUCUGCCUGCAGAAUGCCCAGAAUACCCUGCAUAGCAUCACGCUAACGCAUCGCGAUCAUGACAAAGCCAUCUUCAUUGACGAAUUCCUCCUGAAACACUUUACAUUCCGCAUCAUCUUGGAAAUUACCAUCUCCUCGUGCUACAGGUUCAGUCGCACAGGAAUCGAACAAUUGCUACUGCGACAUGAGACACUGCAGUACUUAAAUGUCCACUGUCCCGAUGACUGUGGUCACAUUCGCAAUUUCAUUAAGAACAACAACCUCGAUGUGGUCUUCAUCAACAAAUUGCAUCCAUUACUCGACUGAAGCGAGGAGAAUUUAUUAUCCAUGUGAUUUUCAAGGGGAGAUUUAUGGGGAAGAAAUAAAUUUUAACUUUACUGACGCCAAGUGGAAAAUGCCGAACUGAAAAACCAAGAACAGAGAGGAAGAGGAAUCAAUAGCAACUAAAAUCUAGGUUGAAAGAAAAAUGUUCAAAUUUUCAGCUCACCCUCCAAAUUGCAUUUUUGCCUGAUUGGCAUUGUUGUUCUGUGCCAGAUUCCCAAAAGUCAUUCCCGUAUCUGAUGAUCCAAGAGCUGCAAACAAAUUAUUUUGCUGAUUGGUUGGCGCUGAAAAAGCUACAAAAAUUAUAUUUGUUAAUUUAUAGCGCCUUAACCUCAUUUACAAGUAAUCCAAAAAGUAUUUAUUAUCAAAACUUACUGUUGUUAGUUUCCAAUGAAAAUGAUCCAAAUCCUGUUGAUUUGAGAGGAGACCCAAAUGUUGCUGCUCCGCCAAAAGUUGGUGAUGAACCAAAUGUCGGAGGACCACCAAAUGUGGGUGCAGCUCCAAAAGCCGCUGCAGUAGUAAAUUUUUAAAUGUCAAUUUUAAAAUUCGAUGUGCUAACUAUUACAGGGGUGCCCUUAUUUCUUUUUUUCAACCUUUCCCUAAUUUACUAAAUGUUUCCACUACAUCUACCAAAAGACAGCUGGCUAUCUUUUGAUUUUAGUCCUAAACUAUUUGUGAUAAAGAGCUAUAUCAAACAAAUCUAUUUCUAACCCUGCCCUUUUGAUAUUUCUCACAAAGUUCUUUUUUAUUUAUUAAAAAUUACCACACUAUUUAGAUUAGAUUCUUAUUUAUCAAGAAAAUUCAACACAUCUUAAAUGUUCAUAAUAAAGUGUUCUUGAAAUUUAUAUUUAUGUAAGAUAUUUAAAUAAUAAAUUAUUUAAGCGUCUCAAAAAAA